CGAGCCGCGGCCGCCGCCCCGGAGCCCGCCCCGGUCCCGAUUCUGAAAGCCUGCUGAGAUCCGUGGCUGCUUCUUCGGCUGCUUCUGGUUGCUCAGCCAUGCCUGCGUGACUCAGACAUAGCCUAGCCCCUCUCCCGCCUGUCUGUGCGUGUGUGAUGGUGGGACGUUGGCUCUCUUUGGAGCUGCUGCCGCCGUGGGCUCUGUGAUCUGUUUUGAAUUAUCUACCGGACUUGCCCCCGCUCGCAAUGAGCUCCCAAACCCAUCCAGAUGGACUUUCUGGCCGAGACCAGCCGGUCGAACUGCUGAACCCAGCGAGAGUGAACCACAUGCCUAGUUCAGUGGACGUGAGCCCAGCGCUGCCCCUCCAAGUGGCGCCCUCCGCCGUGCCCAUGGACCUCCGCCUGGACCACCAGUUCUCGCUGCCGGUGACGGAGCCCACGCUCCGCGAGCAGCAGCUGCAGCAGGAGCUGCUGGCCCUGAAGCAGAAGCAGCAGAUUCAGCGGCAGAUCCUCAUCGCCGAGUUCCAGCGGCAGCACGAGCAGCUCUCGCGGCAGCACGAGGCCCAGCUCCACGAGCACAUCAAGCAGCAGCAGGAGAUGCUGGCGAUGAAGCACCAGCAGGAGCUCCUGGAGCACCAGCGGAAGCUCGAGCAGCACCGCCAGGAGCAGGAGCUGGAGAAGCAGCAUCGCGAGCAGAAGCUGCAGCAGCUGAAGAACAAGGAGAAGGGCAAAGAGAGUGCCGUGGCCAGCACCGAAGUCAAGAUGAAGCUACAGGAGUUUGUCCUCAACAAGAAGAAGGCCCUGGCGCAUCGCAAUCUGAACCACUGCAUCUCCAGUGACCCUCGCUACUGGUAUGGGAAAACUCAGCACAGCUCCUUGGACCAGAGCUCCCCCCCACAAAGUGGGGGCCCCGCAGCCUACAAUCACCCCGUGCUGGGGAUGUACGACUCCAAAGACGACUUUCCUCUGAGAAAAACAGCAUCUGAACCCAAUCUGAAAUUACGAUCCAGGCUAAAGCAGAAAGUGGCCGAGAGACGGAGCAGCCCCCUCUUGCGCAGGAAAGAUGGCCCAGUGGUGACUGCUCUUAAAAAACGUCCAUUGGAUGUCACAGAUUCUGCCUGCAGCAGUGCCCCAGGCUCAGGGCCCAGCUCCCCUAACAACAGCUCCAACAACGUCAGCGCUGAGAACGGGCUGGCCGGCUCCGUCACCAGCAUCCAGGCAGAGACCAGCCUGGCUCAUCGACUGGUGACCCGCGACGGCUCCGUGACCCAGCUGCCUCUCUACACGUCGCCUUCCCUGCCCAACAUCACGCUAGGCCUGCCUGCCACCGGCCCUUCGAGUGGGGCGUCCGGACAGCAGGAAGCUGAGCGACUCGCCAUCCCGGCCCUCCAGCAGCGCAUCUCCCUCUUCCCUGGCACCCACCUCACUCCCUACUUGAGCACUACGGCCGCCGCGCUGGACAGGGAUGGGAGCAGCGCGCACAACCCUCUUCUGCAGCACAUGGUCCUCCUGGAGCAGCCGGCGGCACAGGCGCCCUUAGUCGCAGGCCUGGGAGCGUUGCCCCUCCACGCGCAGUCCCUGGUGGGCGCAGACCGGCUGUCCCCCUCGAUCCACAAGCUGCGGCAGCACCGGCCCUUGGGGCGCACGCAGUCGGCCCCCCUGCCCCAGAACGCGCAGGCCCUGCAGCAGCUCGUCAUCCAGCAGCAGCACCAGCAGUUCCUGGAGAAACACAAGCAGCAGUUUCAGCAGCAGCAGAUGCACCUUAACAAGAUGCUCCCGAAGCCCGCCGAGCCAGCACGCCAGCACGAGAGCCACCCCGAGGAGACGGAGGAGGAGCUGCGGGAGCACCAGGCCCUGCUGGAGGAGCCGUACCCCGAGCGGCUGCCCGGCCACACGGAGGCCGUGCAGGUCAAGCAGGAGCCCAUCGAGAGCGACGGCGAAGACGUCGAGACGCCAGCCCAUGAGGCCGAGCCCGGCCAGCGGCAGGCGGAGCAGGAGCUGCUCUUCCGCCAGCAAGCCCUUUUGCUUGAACAGCAGCGCAUCCAUCAGCUGAGAAACUACCAGGCCUCGAUGGAGGCCGCGGGCAUCCCCGUCUCCUUCGGCGGCCACCGGCCCCUGUCCCGAGCGCAGUCGUCACCCGCGUCGGCCACUUUCCCCAUGUCUGUGCAGGAGCCCCCUGCGAAGCCAAGAUUCACGACAGGCCUUGUGUACGACACCUUGAUGCUGAAACACCAGUGUACCUGUGGAAACACUAACAGCCACCCCGAGCACGCUGGCCGCAUCCAGAGCAUCUGGUCCCGGCUGCAGGAGACGGGCCUGCGUGGCAAGUGUGAGUGCAUUCGGGGACGGAAGGCCACGCUGGAGGAGCUGCAGACGGUCCACUCAGAGGCCCAUGCCCUGCUCUACGGCACCAACCCCCUGAACAGACAGAAAUUGGACAGUUCCUUAACGUCCAUGUUCGUCAGGCUCCCUUGCGGUGGCGUUGGCGUGGACAGUGACACCAUCUGGAAUGAGGUGCAUUCCUCCGGAGCCGCCCGCCUGGCCGUGGGCUGCGUGGUGGAGCUGGUCUUCAAGGUGGCCACUGGAGAGCUGAAGAACGGCUUUGCUGUCGUCCGGCCCCCCGGCCACCACGCGGAGGAGAGCACGCCCAUGGGGUUCUGCUACUUCAACUCCGUGGCAAUCGCCGCCAAACUGCUCCAGCAAAGGCUGAAUGUGAACAAGAUCCUCAUCGUGGACUGGGAUGUACAUCACGGUAAUGGUACCCAGCAGGCCUUCUACAGCGACCCCAAUGUGCUGUACAUCUCACUACAUCGCUACGAUGACGGCAACUUCUUCCCUGGCAGCGGUGCCCCUGAUGAGGUGAGCAGGGGCUGGGCUGUGCCCUGGCCACAGGCGCCAGCUCCGGGCCUGUGGUCGGGACCCAAGAGAAGCCAGUGUGGACCACGGCUCCGGGAACUGGGCCUCUGUUGA